GGGUGACCGUGACGAAGAAGGAAGUAUGACAUCAUGUGAGAGAAUUGUUGCCAUCACCUUCUUCGAAUACUUCAAGUAUAUGUACACUAGAUCAAUCAUGCAAGUCGAACCCAACCAUCCAAGCGACGGUGAAACGAGUUCACCCGAGUCGACAAUAGUGUUUUUGCAAUUUAUUGUGGAGUAUCAUUUCAAUAAUUGGUGAAUAAUCAUCAAUUUUCGAAUCUGGAACGCGUCGCGCCGGUUCUACUCAACUAUAAUGUCCCCAACCCCGCCCCAUCCAGGCAGCUGUACGCCCCGCCGCGUACAAUGGGCCAGCACUGAUCAUUUCCACUCACCCCCCUCCACUCCUCAUGCACUAGAUGAGAUGGCCCAGGAUCCAAGCGCCUUCGAAACACUCAAAGACGCACUCAGGCGUCACAGCUCCUCCCGUACCCGAUCCCCCUCCGGGUCUCCGUCCCCCGGAACCUCCACCCUGCCCCCAGUCACCCACUCCUCUACCCUCACGGACGCACCAGACGGUGAUCAUCCCUACCUCAACCCAUACCUGCAACAUACCUAUCCACCAAGCACCCCCGAUUCCUCCGCACCCACAUCUCCAUCCUCUUCCACCCCCUUCCUUCCCCGCCGCACCCACGCCCUUCCUGGCGAGGUUUUCAUCGAUCCUCUCGAGAGUGCUGGACUCCCCCUCUCCUCAAGGCAAGCAAGCCGAGACUCGCAGAUGCCGGGUGACGGCCAUGCAGGCCAUGUCGAGCACCUUGCCGUACGCGAGGCAGCAGGCGUCGUCAGAGCACACACCAAACGAUGGGGUGUACUUGGUCGCAGGCACCACCGUCUCAAAUCGUCCAGAGCUGGACGUGGCACAGACACAGAGCAUGACACGGACGGCGAGUUCGAGAAACACCACAACCAACCCAAACCCAAGAAAUCUUGGUGGCACUUUCACACACCCCCAUCCGUCGCACCCACCCCGCAUCACCCCCCACACUAUGCGCAUACCUCCUACAGUGACCCUGAAUCCCAUCCUUCCCUACAUCCUUCCCAGCCCAAGUUCGGCUCUGGCGUCCUCAGUGCCCUCCUAGCCCUCUACGAACACGAGCAAGAGCACGAUGACCACCCACCAAGUGAAGACGAAUCCGAACUCUUCAACCCAGACCGCCCAUGGAUCGACUCCAAACACAAACGCAAAAAAUCCCUCGGACGCACAAUCCACUCCGCCUCAAGCAGCGCAGCGUCCCUCCUCGCAUCCGUACCCCCAGCGCUCAUUCCUCCCGCACUUAAACACAAAGAAAAAGCGCCUGCCACAAUGGCGGCGCUGAUUACAGGUGCGGGGACGCUUACGGGUGCUGCGGCGCCGCAGCAGGCCGGUCUAGCGCCUGAUUUGAAGAGGGGGUAUGGGCUCGUGAGGUAUCGGUUUGAGGAUGGGAUUGAUGACGUGUUGCAGCCUCCGCCUGCGGUGCUUCCACUUGUGCAGAACCAGGCAGAAACAGAAUCUGGGUCUGAAGAAGGACCACAACGUACACCGCCCCGCUUGAACUUACACCUCCCCCGCCGGACGAGAAGCACCGAUUUCAAUUUUACGCGUGGAGUCGGUGGGCCGGUGGAGGAAGACCACGAGGGUGAAGUUGCAUCCAAUACGCUCGUAGACGAGGAAGAAGACUCCCCGGAUACGCUUGCAGUGACGACUGCUGCUUCCUCACCUACCGGGAAGCCGCCCUUACCAACUGCGCCUGCACCCGCCCGAGGUAAAAAAUCAAAGCGCUGGACAGGGGUGUUGAAAGAAUUACCGCACCCGCUACAUGGUGCGCAUUUUAAGGGGUUUUCUUUGAGUAUGCCCGGGACGCCUUUCCGGCAUCCUGCAAGUGGGACUUCUACGCCUGGAACCCGGGGGUCGAGUAGUGGUGGGCCUGGAACACCGGAGGGAAAAGUGGACGGUGGGGAUUAUUUUGAGGCGAAGUGGAUGGAGGAGCAGAAGGAGUGGGAGAGGAGGGAGAGGAAAGCGAGGGAGAGGAGGGAGAAGGAGAAGAGGAGGAAGAGGAAGAAGGCCGAGGUUUAUAUCACCCGGCACGUAGCUGCGAUUCUCCAGCGGCAAGAGUUCAUUUUGAAACUGGCACGCGCGAUGAUGAUGUUUGGAGGCCCGUCUCAUAGGCUCGUUGCACAGAUUCAGAGCACAGCGCGUGUGUUGGAGCUAGACCUGAGCUGUAUGUAUCUGCCCGACGUGUUGUGGAUCAGCUUCGAAGAUAACGCGACUGGGACGAGUAACGUAAAGUUCAUCCGUCAGGGCAGCGCUUUGGAUCUAGGCAAACUCGGUGAGGCGCAUGGGCUAUAUUGGGAUGUCAUCCACGAUGUCAUCUCCGUAUCCUCAGCAAGCGCCGCCCUCGACACUCUCAUGCGCAAGAAGCCCGUAUACAACUUCGCCCAACUAAUAUUCCUCGGCGGGAUGUGUUCUGCCUCCAUCUGCAGCGUCUCCUUCAACGGCUCCUUCAUCGACUGCCUCGUCUCCUUCCCCCUCGGCGCGCUCCUCGUCACUAUCCAACUCCUCAGCGUGCGCAACGAGCUGUAUGGGAACGUAUUUGAGAUCACGGUAGCUACGCUUUUGAGCUUUUUGAGCGCUGCAUUGGCUAGUACGAGACAUUUUUGUUAUUCGGCGGUUGCUAGCAGUAGUGUGGUGCUGAUUUUACCUGGCUUUAUAGUCCUCUGCGGCUCCCUCGAAGUCGCCUCCCGCUCUCUCGUAGCAGGCUCCGUCCGACUCUGCUACGCCCUCAUGUACUCCCUUUUCCUCGGUUUCGGACUCGCAAUCGGAGCAGAGCUGUAUCAGACCAUGGUGGGUACAUCCAUAGUGGGCGCUACAGAUUAUACGUGCCAGGACAGUCACGAUCUGGAGGGAGAGUGGUGGCAGAGGACGCCGAGUCUGUGGUGGGCGUUUUUGACUGUGCCAAGUUACAGUCUGUUUUUAAGUUUGAGGUUUGGGGCUUUGUUGAAGAGGAAGGAGUUGUUGCUCCUGGUCGCAAUUUCAUGCAUCGGAUGGGUGACGAACCAUUUUGUGGGUACCAAGUUCCCGAACCAGAGCGACAUGUCGGCAGCUGUCGGGGCGUUUGCUGUAGGGUUUGUGUCGAAUUUGUAUGGGAGGUUUUUUGAGGGAAAUGCAUUUGUCGUUAUGAUCACAGGCAUCCUCUUCCAACUCCCCUCAGGUUUAGGCAACGGCGGGCUAUUCAAUUUCGUUGUCGACCAGACCUCCGGUUCGAGUUCUUCCUAUCUGAGCGGGUUCAAUACGGCGCUGCAGUUGAUCAGCACGAGCAUCGGGUUGACUGUGGGUCUUGGGAUCAGUUUGGUGCUCGUGCAUCCGAUUCAGAGUAGGAAGAGGGCUGCGGGGGUGUUUAGUUUAUAGGGUGCGGGCGAGGAUGUUGCCGCACGUUGCUGUUGAACCUUGCUUUACUUGCUUUCGUUUUGGUUUGGUUUUCUUGCAUCGCCCAUGCGACAUCACCGCUGAACCUGCACAUCCCAUCUAAUAUCGAUAUAGAUAUAGAUGUCCAUCAUGCUCUCUCGUCUUUUCACUUAGUUUUCUUAGAUGCUCAUCUACUAGCAUGGACUUGGCAUUUACUUUUUACACACGGACAUCG